AUGGCGUCCACUGGCUUUGACCAUUAUUUCCCUCCCACUUACAAGAGGAGAGUGGUUGUGCGCAAUGCAGGAUAUGGAGCUGGUGGAGGAAUAGGGUCUAGGUCUGCCUACUCCAGCCACUCUGCCCCAAUAACUUCCUAUGCAUCUUCACGCAGAAUGUCUGCAGCUGCCACUGAGCUACGCCUUGACCAAGCCGCCCAGGUCAGCUCUGAGUUCAAAACAAUACGGACCCAGGAGAAGGCUGAGCUGCAAGACCUGAAUGACCGCUUUGCAAGCUUCAUUGAGAGGGUCCAUGAACUGGAGCAGCAGAACAAGUUGCUGGAGACUGAACUCCUGCUGCUCAGGCAGAAGCAGACAGCGCCAUCCAACAUCCGGGCCCUGUAUGAGCAUGAAAUCCGCCAGCUUCGUGCAGCUGUUGACGAGGCCCACCAUGAGAAACAAGCCGCCCAAGACCACAGGGAUGAGAUGGAGGGUGUGCUGAGGAACCUGCAGAAACGCUACGAGGAUGAAGUUCUUGGCAGGGUGGAAGCAGAGGGAAGGCUCAUGGAUGCCAGGAAGGAGGUAGAUGAUGCUGAACUGGGUCGGGCUGAGCUUGAGAAAAGAGUUGGAACCCUAUUGGAUGAGCUGGCCUUCCUGAAGCGCAUCCAUGAGAGUGAGAUUGCAGAGCUACAGGCCCAAAUCCAGUACAGCGCAGACGUGUCAGUGGAGAUGGAGGUAGCUAAACCUGACCUAUCUGCUGCUCUCCGUGACAUUCGAGACCAGUAUGAGAAGGUGGCGCAACGCAACCUUCAUUCAGCUGAAGAAUGGUUCUGCGACAAGAUGAACGUGAUGACAGUAGGCACCACUCGCAACACAGAGAGUGCACGUAAUGCCAAAGACGAGGUGGGAGAAUACCGCCGGCUGCUCAAAGAGAGAACACUGGAGAUUGAUGCCUGCCGUCAGAUGAACCAAGCUCUGGAAAACCAACUACAGGAUGUGGAGGAUAAACAGAGUGCUGAGAUCUCUGCACUGCAGGAUACAAUCAGUCAACUGGAGGAUGAGUUGAGGGCAAACAAGAAUGACAUGGCUCGCUACUUGAAAGACUAUCAGGAUCUCUUGAAUGUGAAGAUGGCCUUGGAUAUUGAAAUUGCAGCCUAUAGGAAGCUGCUUGAAGGAGAGGAAAACCGCUUGAGUGUGGCUGGACCAGGAUCUGUCAGCGUUUACUCCCAAUCCAUGUACGCUGCUCCAUCUUAUGGAAGAUCACUUUAUUCCAUGCAGUCUCAGCUGAGCUCUGCGGCUCCGUACCAACUGAGCUCUCGCUUGUAUAGUUCAUCGUUCUCCACAGAGGAGACAAUAUUCGCAAGUCAAGCACAGCCGGCAGAGGCUAGCCCUCCUGCGGAAGAGGAGGAAGAGAAGGCGGAAGAGGAAGAGAAGGAGGAAGUAGAAGAGGAGCAGGGAGACGAGAAGGAGGAGGAAGCAGAGGAAGAGCAGGGAGAGGAGGGAGAGGAAGAGGAGGAGGAGGAGGAGGCAGAAGCAAAGGAGGAGGAGCAGGAGGAGGGUGUGGAAGACAAACAAGAAGAGGGCGUGGAAGAAGCAGAUGGAGGCGAUGAGGAGGAAGGAGGAGUGGAGAGCCAACAUGGGGAGGAUGACGCUGAGCAGAAAGAGGAAGAGGGUGAUGCGGAUGGUGAAAAGGAGAAAGAAGAAAGUGAAAAAGAAGACGCUGAUGAGAAAAAUGGGAAAACCACUGCUUAA